ACCGUGCGGGUGGAGACGAGAGCCGGAGAGCCGGAGAGCCGCGGAGGCGUUUUUCCUGGGCCCGGCUCUCUCCGGCUACCAUGGCGUUUGCAAAGAGUCACCGGGAUCCCUAUGCGACCUCCGUGGGCCACCUUAUAGAAAAGGCCACAUUUGCUGGAGUUCAGACUGAAGAUUGGGGCCAGUUCAUGCACAUUUGUGACAUAAUUAAUACGGCCAACGAUGGGCCAAAAGAUGCAGUAAAAGCUUUGAAGAAAAGGAUUUCCAAAAACUACAAUCAUAAAGAAAUUGAACUUACCUUAUCACUUAUUGACAUGUGCAUGCAGAACUGUGGUCCAAGUUUCCAAUCUCUGAUUGUGAAGAAGGAAUUCAUUAAAGAUAGUCUAGUUAAGCUGCUGAAUCCCAAAUACAACUUGCCAUUAAACAUUCAGAAUAGAAUUUUGAAUUUUAUUAAGACGUGGUCACAGGGUUUCCCCGGAGGUGUGGAUGUAAGUGAAGUGAAAGAAGUGUACCUCGACCUGCUUAAGAAAGGGGUUCACUUUCCUCCCUCAGACUCAGAGGCUGAAACAACAGAACGAGAGAUGACUCAGGUCUCAUCAAAUCCACCAACAUGUGUUCCUAGUGCACCAGCUCUUUCUUCUGUAAUUGUUCCCAAGAACAUGACUAUUACGAUGGUCCCAGAACAGAUUGGAAAAUUGCUCAGCGAGUUGGAUAUGGUGAAGAUGAAUGUGAAAGUGAUGUCCACCAUAUUGAUGGAGAAUAUUCCUGGAGCUGAAAACCGUGAAGACAUAGAGCUUCUGCAGAAACUUUAUAAGACAUGUCGAGAGAUGCAGGAGCGGAUCAUGGACCUGCUCGUGGUGGUGGAGAAUGAAGACGUGACAGUUGAGCUCAUUCAAGUGAACGAGGAUUUGAAUAAUGCCAUCCUCGGAUAUGAGAGGUUUACUCGAAACCAACAAAGGAUUUUGGAGCAAAAUAAUCAGAGGAAAAAUGCCAAUACUACCAGUGAACCUUCUGCCCCAUCCUGUGAACUCGUUGACCUAAGCCCCAGCCCUCCGAAUCACAGGGCCUCCCUGGAAGAGCUCAACGCCAUGAAUACUCAGCUUUCAGGCUUAAGUUUCAGCUCCCCACGUCCUGUUACAACGAACAACUUGCAACACAGUCUUCAUCCGCAGGUGGAUUUGCUAGCUUUGGAAAAUACAGGAACAGCCAUGUCUGCCCAAAGGACCAGCCAAACCCCCGCCUCAGAUCAUACAUACGAGAGCCUUCCAGACUACUCAAAUGCAACGUUACUACAUCCGGUGAGUCUACAGACCACUCCGACCACACCAUCAAACCAGAGACGGCCAGCCUUGCCCAGCAAUCAUCCAGCGAUGACAAAGAGUGAUCUCCAGCCACCCAAUUACUACGAGGUAAUGGAGUUUGAUCCCUUAGCUCCUGCUGUCACAACAGAAGCCACGUAUGAAGAAAUUGAUGUUCAUCACCACAAAGGCACUCACAAUCGUAGUGGCUGUUGAGGUGAAAGUCAACAACCAGCUCACCAACUGCAUUAGGAGCAACAACGCUCUAAAAGGUAGACCUUGUCCAGCUUUGGAGCCCAGAAGACCAGACUAACCAACACAUCAAAACCAUGGUGGAACACUUCUCCUCUGCAAUAGUGAGAUUUAAACAGAAGAGUGCAGUUCAAGCUUUAUCUCAAAAGAACUUGGUUUUAACAUAUACUCACUUAAAACUUCAAUAGGAGAAAAAUUUAUUUUACUGAGGCCAACCAGGUUAAUUGGAGCAUCUUAUGUUUCACAGGCUUUCCUACCUUUAGAAAUCCUCACAUGGCUGUGAUGAAAGUAGAUGAAUAUUUUUUAUUACAAAAUAAUUCUGAAUAGAUGUAAGCACGAAAUGUGAGAAACUAAAUAUAUUAUUCAAGGAGAAUAGUGAGUGCCUUCAUUCAACUGAAGUUAAACAUAAGUCUAUUUGCACUUCUUUAU